CUUUCCGCAGCAUCGAGAGGAAAAGGUCUGCAGACCAUAAGAAAUGUUAAUUAUAUGUAUUUCAAUGUCAUCGUCAACUGCUCUACGCGGCUGAUUCUGUCUUCCCGUGACGCUAUGAAUUCUUUAUUAGGCCCAUUCGCAUCCCUCUCUCCUCUCUUCACGUUGCAGCUGAUGAUGAGAAUGAGGGACGGUAUAAAUCGCACUUUGACUUUCGCCCAGUGCUUCUUCUUCGACUGAUCCAUCGACCCAGAUGAGAUCUUCGGAUCGCUGAGGUGAUUCCCUUUUGAAAACAGGGUCUUGAACUGAGCUCCGAAUGGCCAAAGUCUUGAUCUUGGUGAUGGUGGUGAUGGCGACGGCGUUGCCGGGUCGGGGGGUCCUCGGAUCGGGCCAGGAGGAGCCGUACAGAAUCCACACGCUGUUCUCGGUGGAGUGCCAGAACUACUUCGACUGGCAAACGGUGGGCCUCGUCCACAGCUUCAAGAAGGCCCGGCAGCCUGGCCCGAUAACCCGGCUGCUCAGCUGUACGGACGACGAGCUCAAGAGCUACAGAGGGAUGGACUUGGCUCCGACCAUGGUGGUGCCUUCCAUGAGCAGACACCCCAAGACUGGUGAUUGGUACCCUGCAAUCAACAAGCCCGCUGGCAUUGUCCACUGGCUUAAGCAUAGCAAAGAUGCAGAAAAGGUGGAUUGGGUUGUGAUUCUAGAUGCUGACAUGAUCAUCAGAGGUCCAAUUAUACCCUGGGAACUUGGUGCAGAGGAAGGCAGACCAGUGGCUGCAUAUUAUGGUUACUUGGUCGGAUGUGACAACAUUCUGUCAAAAUUACACACAAAACACCCGGAUCUUUGUGAUAAGGUUGGAGGGCUUUUGGCCAUGCAUAUAGAUGAUCUGCGAAAAUUGGCACCCAUGUGGCUUUCCAAAACAGAAGAAGUGAGGGAAGAUAGAGCUCACUGGGCCACCAAUAUAACUGGGGACAUCUAUGGAAAAGGGUGGAUCAGUGAGAUGUAUGGAUACUCAUUUGGUGCUGCAGAGGUUGGUCUCAAGCACAAAAUCAACGACAAUCUAAUGAUUUAUCCUGGAUAUAUUCCACGACAAGGAUUUGAACCCAUUCUUAUGCAUUAUGGUUUACCAUUUACCGUUGGGAAUUGGUCAUUUAGUAAGUUAGAUAACCAUGAAGAUGGUAUUGUCUAUGACUGUGGCCGGCUUUUUCCAGAACCUCCAUAUCCCAGAGAGGUAAAAAUGAUGGAGCCCGAUCCCAAUAAAAGGCGAGCCCUCUUUUUGAGCAUUGAAUGUAUCAAUACCUUGAAUGAGGGUCUUUUAAUGCUUCAUGCAUCUAGAGGAUGUGCAAAACCAAAAUGGUCAAAGUACCUUAGCUUCCUCAAAAGCAAAACCUUUGCAGAACUCACUAAACCAAAACUCUUGAAGCUGAAAAGCCUACAAGCUGAGAAAACUGUCGAGCAGAAACUGACUGAUGAAUCCGGAAGGACGUAUCCAAAAAUCCACACCAUCUUUUCAACAGAAUGUACUCCUUACUUUGAUUGGCAAACUGUAGGAUUCGUUCAUAGUUUUCACUUGAGUGGCCAGCCAGGAAAUAUUACAAGGCUCCUCAGUUGUACAGACAAAGACUUGAAGAAGUAUACAGGCCAUGACCUGGCUCCCACACAUUACGUCCCUUCCAUGAGCCGACACCCUUUGACUGGAGACUGGUAUCCAGCGAUUAAUAAACCUGCUGCCGUCCUCCAUUGGCUUAAUCAUGCCAAUACUGAUGCUGAGUUUAUUGUAAUUCUGGAUGCUGAUAUGAUCUUGAGAGGGCCAAUUACUCCGUGGGAAUUUAAUGCUGCACGUGGCAGGCCAGUUUCAACUCCUUACGACUACCUCAUUGGCUGUGACAAUGUGCUUGCGAAACUCCACACUCGCCACCCUGACGCUUGUGACAAGGUUGGUGGUGUAAUAAUCAUGCACAUAGAUGAUCUCCGGCAAUUUGCAAUGCUAUGGUUGCAUAAAACAGAGGAGGUUCGGGCCGAUAAAGCUCAUUAUGCCACAAACAUCACAGGAGAUAUAUAUGAAUCUGGGUGGAUCAGUGAGAUGUAUGGUUACUCUUUUGGUGCAGCAGAGUUGCAAUUGCGGCAUCUCAUAAGUAGCAAGAUUCUGAUUUACCCAGGAUAUGUUCCUGAAACCGGGGUCAAGUAUAGAGUUUUCCACUAUGGCUUAGAAUUCAAGGUAGGAAACUGGAGCUUCGACAAGGCUAAGUAUAGAGACUCGGAUGUGGUCAAUAAAUGCUGGGCCAAGUUUCCAGACCCACCUGAUCCUUCCACGCUUGAUCAGACCGAUGAGAACCUGCUCCAGCGGGACCUUCUUAGCAUAGAAUGUGCAAGGACACUGAACGAAGCAUUGCGCUUGCAUCAUGUGAGGAGGAAUUGCCCCAACCCAAGUUCUUUAGAGGAAGCUGCAAUUUCAAGAAAGCUGGGAAGGUAUGAUAGGAGCUAUGCUGCAAAAAGCAAUCCCACGCCGACAAGUGUCUCUAAAGAAUCCUCUAAAGGGGCCACGGCAGAUGCAAAUUCUAGUACUUUGAGACUUUGGGUGGUUGCUUUGUGGAUAUUCUUUGGUCUCGGUUUCUUAACUGUUGCGUCGGUGCUGCUAUCUGGUCGUAAAGCAAAGAAGACGAAAGGGAAAAGUUAUAGAAGUAAAAGGAGAUUGUCGCAUUCGGGGCUUAUGGAUGAGAGGUAUUGAAGCAUUGUUGAAUCGUCGAAUCAUUGGAAUAUAUUUCUUUGCUAACACAAAACCUAUCCGAACCAAUUUAAAGUCUUGACAAUGUGAGAGUGAGAUAUUGGCGGGUGGUGAAGCAUCGAUGUUUGCUUGCAAAGUAAGGAAUUUUUCCUAUUAGCCUGUUUCGAAACUUCCAGACUCAUUGUUGUUGCAAGAGGCACUACGUUGGCCCACCCAUUUUUGGUGAGUGCAAUUGCUGUCUAAUUUGAGCUUCCUUAUUCGCCAGAAUACCUCAGCAGAAUCUGGACACAUUGACAGUGUCGUGACGAUGAGCAUGAGAAGGCUUUUCUUUUCUCCCUGUAUUUCUUUUCUUUUGUUAAAUGAUCAUCAGAGGAGAAAAUCUUUUUGCCUCAAGUUACUUUAGGUCAUACCAUACUUACCUUAUGCUUGCCUUUUCGGCGAUUGACGAUGUAACAGAUCGAAUGAUAGAAGCUCAAGAUAUACUGUAAUGUACAUUCUGCCAUGUCCAAAUCAUUGAGAUUAGGAUGAAUCUUACACUAUUGCUUUCAAAC